AUGAACAAGAAACGGAAGACUCAUUUAUUCGACUUGUAUUGGGAAGACAUAAUAGUGGCAAAAAUUAUGCCUCUACUUACUAUUCAGGAAUGUUUUAUAUUUCGCAGUGUAUCACGGACUUGUCUCCAAAUUGUCAAUAUGUAUUUUUCUAAGUUAAGGUCUUUGAAACUGAUGAAGAAGAGGUUUUCGCCUCACACCUUUAAUGUAUUUGUUACAACAUGUUCGAAACUUAAACUGCUCAAUUUAAGUAGAUGUGAUUCAAUAACAGAUACAGAAUUGAUCCCUAUAUUACGUAAAAAUACUGGAUUGAUUCAUUUAAAUUUGAGCCAAUGCAAGAACCUGACUGCAAAAUGCCUACAACCUGUUAUACUAUAUUGUGAUAAUUUACAAAUUCUGAAGUUAGCAAGGUGUUCUUGGCUCACAACAGGCGCUAUUGAAGCCUUAGCUCUUCAUAAGAGUAAAAUAGAAGACAUAGAUUUAGCCUAUUGUGUUUCCAUAUCUGAAAGUGGUAUAUUGAUAUUCAUAAAAAAGUUUCGACAGAUAAAGACAUUAAAUCUGGAGGGUAAUAAGCAGGUAACAGAUAAGUGUUUAUACACAAUGUCUAAGUAUAGUAAAUCUCUGAAGCUUCUCAACUUGAGUGGCUGUUGUGAUGUCACUGAUAAGGGAGUAAGAGCUCUAGCUCUCCAUUUGCCACAGCUGGAAGGUUUACUUGUGCGAGGAUGCACCAAAGUCACAGAAAACAGCCUACAACUCAUGCGAAAUCGAGUCCAUCUUGAUCGAAGACCAUCGCAAGCAGUGCCGUUACCUAUGUAUGUGCAAAUAUAA